AUGUGCCUCAAGUGUGAGUCUGAAGACAACAAUGGGCUGAAGUCUAGUCCGAAAAAAAGGCUCUAUAUCACCUCCAUGGCCAACAUUCCCAGUUUCUGGUUUUCUCCCCAUACGGUGUUUCAGAAGACCUGCUCCGAUGGGAAGCUUUCCAUCCACCUGGGGAAAUGAGACUUUGUGGACCAUGCAGACAUGGUGGAACCCUGGAAUGGUAUAGUCCUGGUUGACCCCGAUUACUUAAAAGUUCAAAAGACGUUUGUCGUGUUGACAUGUGCCAUUCGCUAUGGCCAUGAUGUGGAUGUGAUUGGUCUGACGUUCCACAAAGACCUCUAGGGACAGGUCCAGCAAGUUGUCCCAGAUGAGUCCCUGAGGCUGCUGAUAGUCUUGCAGGAGCGACUGCUGCACAAGCUGAGAGACAAUGCCUACCCCUUUACCCUGCAGAUGGUUGUUAACCUGCUCUGUUCAAUGACACUACAACCGGGUCCUGAAGGUACAGAAAAGGCCUGUGGGGUUGACUUUGAAGUGAAAAGUUUCUGUGCUGACAAUCUGGAGGACAAAAUCCCCAAGAGGCAUUCUUUGGUCUUUUCCAAAAUCACUGCCUCUAAACUUGAGCCAUAUUUGUACCCCUGGGCCCAGACCAUCUGCCACUUUCUUCUAUCAGCUCAGCCCCUACAACCCCAGGCCUAGAUGGAGAGGGAGGUUCACUACCAUGGCAAACCCAUCUCUGUCAAUGUUUCUGUCAACAACUGCAUCAGCAAGGUCAUCAAAAAAAUAAUCAAGAUCUCAGUUGACCAGAUCACCGACGUUGUCCUGUAUUUGCUAGACAAGUACAGCAAGACUGUGUUCAUUCAAGAGUUCACAUGAUUUGGAGCCUGGGAGACUAUAGCUGCUAACUCCAGCUUCUCCAAGAGCUUCACGCUAACUCCACUCUUGGUUGCCAACUGUGAAAAACAGGGCUUGGCACUGGAUGGAAAACUCAAGUAUGGUGAUACCAAUCUGGCCUCUAGGACGUGUCAUUCUACCCUCAGCAUCUUGGGCAACCUGCCAGCCAGUGAUGUUGGUGUGGAGCUGCCCCUGAUCCUGAUGCAUCCAAAGCCAUGUCACAGUGACCAGGAAUCGCCCUCCCCAUCUCGUCCAUUCCCGUCGCCCUCUCGCCCUUUCCUCGGUCUUUCAUUCUUCGAUCCCUUCCUUCCAUCCCUCCCCGAUUCUUAUUUCCCCUCCAGUGCCCAAGGCAGACUUUUGUGUUGGGAGACCAGGGAGGGGGCGAGUGAAGGGAAACAAUCGCGUGUGGUGGAUGGGUGGGUGGGUGGGUGUGGGAGCUACGUAGACAGGGCCGAGGAUCUGAGCUGGGAGGCAGUGAAGGGAUCGCUUCUCUGGGAUCAGGAAAAGGAGGGAAUGUGGAGGAUGCCCAGAAACUGCUUCCUAACCCUGAACGCCCCUCUGCGGCUCGGGGAGUUUCCUCCGCAGGAGCCCGGCGAGGAGGAGCGCCGGAGGCGGCGGCGGAAGGGGACGAGGGGAGCCAAGCACCUGGCUCCGGCGCUAGCGUGGGAGCCCCACUGUAAUGCUCUAAUAAAUCAGCUCGUCCACACGUGGCUGGCGAUCUCUUUGGUAUUUUCUCCUCCAGAAGGGGUUUGGAACUACCGAGAACGAGCGCCCCCUUCCCCGUCAGUAGUUGGAUCACCCUGUAGCAGGUGCUUUCCCCGUAAAUGA